CCACCACCCGCAAUAGAAGCGGAAACAAUUUUUUUUUUCCUGCCGUCUCUUUCCGAGUCAGUUGCAGCCCCUUUGCGGCGAUCGCCGGGGAGGAGAAGAAAGAAGCGAUGGAGGCGGCGCCGAGCGCGAAGCCGGGGCGGGAGCCGCCUCCCGUCCCUCCCAACUACAUCAGCCUCCGGCACCUCCAGGAGCUCCGCCUCAAGGAGAAGGAGGAGCAGGAGAGGCGGCGGCGGGAAGAGACGGCGGCCGCGGCCGCUGCCGCCGCAGCUAAGCGGGAGGCGGAGGAGGCGGCCAGGGCCGCCGCGAUUAAGCGGGAGGCGGAGGGCCGCGCCGCCUCGUGGGAGGCCUCCGGCGGGGCCAAGGAGAGGCACCGCGGGGGGAAGGCGCAAGGGCAGGGGCACCAGUGGGUCGCCGUGGCGCAUCGGGCCCCGGCCACGACUGCCCGGCCGAUGGAGGGCGGGCAAGGUGCGGCUGGGAAGAGGGAAGCAGCGAUUGGAGGCGGCGCUGGCGAGAAGGGGCCGGACAAUGCCCCAUACGGCAGAGGCAAGCCCUGGGUGAAGGGGAAGUGGAAGGGGAGAGAGAAGGAGAAGCGGGCCGAGGCGGCUCCUGCUCCAUCACACGGCGGCAAGCCUGCUGAGGUGGUUCCUGCAUCACCGUACGGCGGUAAGCCGGAGAACAAGAGCGAAUCGAAGGCGAAGGGGAAAGUCCCGGGAAAUCAGGCGGCGGAAUCGGGCUCGGGUGGCGGGCGAGUCGAGCCAGCCGACGCAGCCAUCUUAUCCUCACGAGACUGCUUCCGGCGCGGGAGACCGAAGGGCGCUGGUGGCCGGAGCACAGAGACGUGCACGGGCGUCGCGCCGGUGAAGACGGACGGCCCGUCGCCGCCGCGAGGCGUCAAGUCGGACGGCAUGGGGAAGCCGAAACCCCCGGCUCCCAGGCGCGCAGACGCGGUGGCGGGCGGCGAUCCGCCGGACGGGAAGAAGGCGGGUCCGGCCCAGGCCCCGCCCACCUCGGCCGCCGACGGCAGCAGCAAACCAACGAGCGGUGGCGAGCUCCGCAAGACCAUGGAGGCAAAGCCCGGGGGGCUAGUGGAAGGGCAGCGCCGGCGGCAGGUGGUGGAGGCUCAGGCCGUGGCGGAGCUGAACCCACGGGGUGCGAGGUGCGAGGCUGGGGGGCCAUGGCGCGGCCGAGGCAAUGAUGCCGCGGAGCAGCACGGGCGAGUGUGGGUGCCAAAGGCGGCGGCGGCCGGAUCAUCUGCCGGCGCCGGGCUUUGAAAUUGCCGGCGUAGAUGAAUAAUUUGGGUUGCGAUUGGAAUUGCUUGAAGCUUGGGGCAAAUUCCACUCUGGUGAGGGAUGGCUUGACUAAGCUUUAGUGAAUACCUGACUAGUGAAGGAUGGUCUGUGAAAAGAAUCGAAGCCAUGUUCUUGUUCCUCAAAUCUAUUUUGGUGACAGUUUCAAAUA